AUGGAUCCUUUCCCUCCCAUCCUCUCGCCUCAAUCCCCGGUGACACCGUCCAACGUCUUCCGGCCCCGCCGAUCCGAUGAUUGGCACGAGUACCGCGAGAUCAUCGAACAGCUCUACCGCACCGACCAGUUGAAGUUACGCGAUGUGAAACGUAUCAUGGAAAGGGACUAUAAGUUCUUCGCCUCUGAAAAACAAUACAAAGACCGCCUGGCUGCGUGGCAUGUUCGAAAGAAUAUCAAGGCCGAAGAAGUCCAUAUCAUGAUUCGCAAGCAGAAGAAGCGCGCCGCCCGUGGCAAACAGACAGCCUUUCGCCGCAGUGGCCAAGAAGUCGAUCAGAAGCGCAUCGCUCGCUUUGUCCGUCGCUACGGAUCAUCUUGGAGUUCAAAACGAGACAAAGAUGCUGAAUUACAAAGUCCUGAGCCGCCCACCCCGUCCGACAUGACCUGCUAUACGCCUGAACCAGCAGAAGAAGUCUCAGUAGUAACGCCAGGUUCCCCACCAGACGUGCAGUCGCCAAUGCGCGAGACACCAAACGCGAAUUAUCAGAUAAAUUUCGUUCACCCCAUCGUCGCUCCAGGACCAAUCCUUCAGCAUCCUCACCAUGUACCCUCUUAUCACAGCCAUGCAAAUCAUGGCCACGACGUCGAUGCUCCGGGCGAAGUCAUCCAGCACUCGGAUGAUUGGAACCGACUCGAUACCUUCCAGACCAGACUGGAGGGUCUGCAGUAUACGCUCGACAGGACGAUGUCCAAGUGGGCGCGUGACGCGGACCCCAAUCAGGAGAUUCCUCAUCACGAAGGAUUGGGGAUGUGA